CGUGCGCACUGGCCGCGCAGCGCUCCGUGGAGCAGCGCUCACUCUGAUCUGACUCAACACAGAAAACAGCGCAGCAACAUGUCGCAGUACACUCUGGGAGUUCACCUGCAGAUCCUGCUGGCCGUGGGUCUGGCUGUGUUCUGCUACUGUCUGGUUUUGGGCUGCAUCCUGUGCUGGCGCAAAAGAAAGAAGAGCCUCUCAUCGCAGGACAAAGAGGCAGUUUACUUGUCUCCUCAUAAGGGCCCUGCUGAGCUGGUGAAUAUGACCCUGGCACCGUCCCCGUGCACCCAGCCUGUCAAGCAGCAGUACGAGGAGCUAGAUGGGGAUGUGUUGGAGUUUCCCUCUUCUAAAACCAGCUCCUCAGCUUCUGACGAUGAUCUCACCGCCCUGCCCUUCGACCCCAGCUCUCAGAGGUCAGCUGGGCUGAGGGACUCCCCAAGGUCUAAUUUCCCCAUGCGGCGCCUUAGCACCCCAGUCGUUCCCUGUUUGCCCACUAAACAUCCCAUUCAUGGCAGAGCCUCUCUGCCUUCCCUCCCCAAGCUGACCUUGGUGUCUAAAACCCGCCGGGCACUGGACCGCCGCAGCACCGUGACCGGUGACACCCUGUAUAGCGAGAGCAGCCGACUGACUGCUGCUGCUGCUGCUGCCAGACCUUCUGGUCAGCAAGGGGAGCCAUCUCAGCCACAAUAUGGCUCUGGCUCCCUGUCCGUCCCCUCUAAACCUGCUCCUGUCCUGCACUUCUCCCUUCUCUUCUCCUCUGCCCGUGGCACACUGGUUGUCAACAUCCUGGGGUUCUCCGGGGCCACACGAAGGCGCAGCGGGGUGUUUGUCCGGGCCAGCCUCCCUCCACUUUGUCCCUCCCCUCAGCAGGCGGCCUCGCGACGCCGCAGCCUCAGCCCAGAGCUCCACAGCCAGAGCUUUGCGUUGCAGGUCAGCAGUGUUGAGGAGCUUCGCACCUGCACCCUGAGACUGGCUGUGUACAGCAGGGACUUCUCCGGCCUGAGAGAGGCUGCCCUUGGCGUGGUGGAGGUGGCCUGUGGGCAGAUGGACUGGGAGCCCGACAUCACCACCACCCACUCUAGGGAGCUUAGCCCAGCAAAGAGCAAGCUGAAAAAGAGCCUGAGUUCCCAGGAGACGCUGGGUCAAAGGAAGAGCUCAGUCUGUGCUCCGCGGGCUUUGGGCCAGCUGUUCGUCUUGCUGCAAUACCAGACACAGGCCCAGCGGAUCAAGGUGAUGGUCCGAAAGGCUGAGAAUCUGGUCAAGCUCACGCGGAUGCCAGGGGCUGCAGAUCACUAUGUUGUCAUCAAUCUGCAUCAGGAUGGGAAGGUGAUUGGCACCAAGGAGACCAAAGGGGCUUGUGGUCCGAACCCUGUCUGGAACGCUCCUUUCCUAUUUGACAUGCCCGCUGGUGACAUCACUCAGCUGCCAUUGGUGCUCGAGUUUAUUGUCAUGCAGGGUCGUCUCUACACUAAGAGCAGCAUUCUGGGUCGCGUGCUGAUUGGCAGCGAGGCUCCAGAGGCGGGACAAGGACACUGGAAAGACAUGUGCAGUCGGGGUCAGAUGGAGACAGCUCGCUGGCACACGAUCCAGUCAGAUGUGCUGUAGGGAUGACUGACAAACUGUUGGAGUGGCUCAGCGUCCCUCCUCCUAGGGAGCAGCUGACUGUCAGACAGUGUAGAUAAACACAGAGAGGUAGGGUUGGGUGGGAAUCACAUGCCAGCGUAAACUUGGGUGUAGUUUCCCCUCCAAACAUUGUCAUUUUAGAUUGUCUAUCUGUGAACCAUAUCAAAAUAUCUGUUGUGGAGUUUCGAUAGCCUUUCAUUAAUGUUGCUGUGCUGACUUAGAUAUUUGUUUGCUUUCAGCAGAAUGGUUAAGAUUUUUUUUUUUUUUUUUUACCUUGUAAUGCUAACCAGCAUACUGAGAAAACUGGCAGCACUGCUGGAGAUUUAGCUGCUUCUUGCAAAAAUGCAGAUGCUCCCUGUGGGUAUACAGGGAGGUAAAAAUACCAUAGAAAUGGAAUUGAGUGGAAUUGGCUAGGGCUGAACAAUUAGUAGAAUUUAAUUUUUCAGUUGCUAUUUUGGCUUCCCACCACCAGGAAACCAUCACAAAAUGAUAUUUAUGCCACAUUUCAUUUAGAAAUGUUGCUUUAAUUUUAUCGGACUUUCUUGGGUGUUUUAUGUCAAAUUCAGUGCUCCCCUUUUUUCCUCCUUCACAGUGGUGUGAAGUGCAUUUGCCCCAACAACACACUCUGGCCAUUUGAUUUCACCUGUAAAGAAACUAAACAGUGCAGGCACCAGGUUUGUCAGAUAUUCUAAAACGUUACUCCAUUUACUUUUCCACCCUCUGUGAAAGCUAAGAGAUGGCGGAAAGGGAAAGCCUGGUCGACGAAAAAGGGGACACUACAGGUUUGUAACCACUUUGGUUUCAAAGAAUCUGAUGUGGAACAAGAAGACAAUACUUUGCAAAAUCCAAACACCGCACCGUUUUUUUGUUUGUUUGUUUUUGUUUUGUUUUGUUUUUUUAAUACAAGCACUUUUCUCCCCCUGCACACGGCUGAUCAGCCUGGAUGUUCAGCUCGCUGCCUUCACUGACCUGAAUAAACCUCUCUGCUGACAGCGGUUAUGUUAGUGAAUGCGUACAACUGUUGUCUUUGCAAGGGAGACCACCUGGAAAUGUGGCAACUUGCCACGACUCUAAAGCCUAUUCUGAUUUUACUCAGUUCUAUUUCUAUGAAAAAGACUGACUCACAGGGAACCUUCCUUUCCAGUGGGUGGAUGAAUGGAAGAAGGUGUCAGAGCAGUCAGGUAGGUUUUUUCCACAUUGACAAUAUUGUUGAUCACUAUAUUGCCUGAUUAUUUCCACGGUGACUUUUCAAAACACAAGACCUUGAAACUGUAUGAUUCUAGUUGCAUGAAGUUGUGGUAUUGUUUGUAUUGUGCAGCAAGGUUACCUUUGUUCUGAUGUUAAUGUUGAACAAGUCCAAGGAUAUUAAGAUUUUCAAAAGUUACAGCGUUGCAGAGCAUUCUUGUUGGCCAGUGCCCUUCUGCUUGUGGUUGGCUGUGGUGUGUUACUGUGGAAGUGCUUGUCCAUAUAAUAAUGUGCAGAAUUGGGCCAUUUACAAUGGUUACCACACUACAAAGUACCACUGCAGGAUACAGGAUAAAUGCAUGAAGGGUUUUGUCUACACUGACAGCCACUGUACAUUUUAACUGUGGUGUUGUGCUCUUGUGGAUUUUGUAGUCUGUGUUAGUUGCAUGACUGUGAUCUAUGCCAGGCAUUAGCCUUAUUAAAUGGUGUUAUUGAUCAUAAUGCAACCAAUUAUUCACUACCCAUUCACUGUGGCUCCCUCGAUAUUUUAUCAUUAAAUACAGACUGUAGCACUGUGUCAAAGCUCAUUAGGCGUGUAGCUACAACAGAGGUCCCAAUGAAGAACACAAUUACUAGAAGCUUUAUCACUUGAUUAUCUUGAACUUGUCUUUUUUUAAAAUGGCCUUGGGACUGUGCAGUCAGUAGAACACUGUAAAAUAGACAAGAGAGUGAACAUGUCUAUUUUAGAGUAACUAUCAGAGGAAAUAGAUCAAUUGAUUGAUCACUUGAUCAUUAAAUUAAUCAGUCAGAAACUUCAUCAUCUAUUUAUGAAAACAUCAUACUCCCAUUUAUUUCCACAUGUUCCCAUUUAUUUCCACAUGCUUACAGUAUUUUCUGCACUAGAGCUUUAAGUGACACUAAUACUUUAUUUUCUCCAUUUAGAGAUGCAAGAUAUUGGAUUUUAUGCCAAUAUCCGAAAUGCCAAUAUUUUCCAAUUCUUUUGGCUGAUUGGUGAUGCCAGUAUAUGCACACAUUUUUUCCAAUUAAUUGCAG